AUGGGUCGCUCGCGUGUGCUUUCUCUCAUGUCGGUCUUCGGGGGAUCGUCCCGUAAAGACAACCUCAGCCAGCAUCACCGGACAUCCUCGGCCUCUCUCACACUGAACAAUCCUCCGCGAAGAGUAGACACGCCUUCUUCGGAUACCCCCUCGCCUCUCGAUGCUUCGCCGAUAACCGGGACUCCACAUGUCGAACGACGGGUAACAUCGCGGCCGGAGUCGACGCUGUUCUCUCACAAUCCUCCGUUGCUGGAGUUUUCGCAGGAUACCCCUCCGGAGCUCCAACCAAUCUUCGGAUAUCUGAACAGCCAUGCCAACAAGCUAUACCAUGAAGGCUAUUUCCUCAAGUUGAACGAUUUGGACAUUCAUGGUCGUCCCUGUGCUGAUCGCCAGUGGGUUGAAUGCUAUGCGCAGCUUGUCGGAACCGCUCUUUCUUUAUGGGAUGCCGCAGCGCUGGACGCCGCAGAAGAGUCGGAAGACGUCUGCCCUACUUUCAUUAACUUAGCUGAUGCUUCAAUAAAGAUGCUUGAAACACUACCAACGAGAAACCAAGGAGCACAGUCUCUGAAGAACAUCUUGAGUAUAUGUUCCGCUGGCCAAAACAGAUACCUUCUGCACUUUAAUUCUUUCCACUCUCUGACCCAGUGGACCGCAGCCAUACGACUGGCCUUGUUCGAACAUACAUCCUUAUAUGAGGCAUAUACGGGUUCGAUCAUUGCGGGCAAAGGUAAAGGUCUCAACAGUAUUAGAACCAUCUUGGAUCGCCACCGUUACAAACACGAGGAUUGGGCCCGCGUGAGGUUUGGGGCAGGCACGCCCUGGAGACGGUGCUGGUUUGUGAUUACUCCCCCGAACGAGAAGGAAUUCCAGAAAGCGCAGAAAUCAAUAAAGAAGAAGUCGGCAUACGAUCGAGCGCCCCGACUCAUAACUGGCGACAUCAAAUUCUAUGAUACGAAGAAGACUAAGAAAGCGAAGCCUAUUGCGACCAUCACUGAUGCUUACGCCGCUUACGCCAUCUAUCCUCAGUCGAGGGCGUUGAUCGAACAGUCGACCUUGGUCAAGAUUGAAGGAAAGAUUACGGUCCACGGACAAACAGAGUCGACAACAGACGGGUUUGUCUUUGUCAUGCCCGAAGUCCAUCCUGCGGUUUCUGGGUUUGAAAUGAUGCUCCGGUUUCUCGUCCCUACUUUUGACACGUUCAACCUUUAUGGGCGGCCCACCCGCCUUAUUGCCGCCACCAACCAUAUCAAGAGCAUUAUGUUUGCCUUCCCCAAUCAAAGGCGCUAUGGCUAUCUUGAUAUUUUAGACAUCUCUAGUCUAAUGCAGACACCAGGAAGUCAGGAUUGGAACGAGGCGGAAUGGAGACAGCAACUCAAGGAGGCUACAGCGCGUCGCAUGGCGGCUGCUGGAAGCAGGACGAGCAGUAUCUCUGCGAGUAAGCCACGCUUCAGGGCUACAAUGCCGAACAGACAACCCAACGGCCGCACCAUGACGCAUCAACGCAACUGCACUUCCCCAGUUAACCAGCUGGAUUCCAACCAGUCCAACGACGCUGUCGCGCCUGGUGCCCCCCGUGAUGCUUCCAUCUCUCCAAUUCAUCAUAGCAGGGCCUCUUCGGACACUGCCGGAUUUGCUUCCAUCAGGAGACAAGCGCAAGCCGCCGAAGUGUCCCCAGCAUCCUCCGCUCAGGAACUUGUGGCACGUGGCAGCGAACGCCCUGGUACUAGCGGGGUAGACGAUCAUAGAAGCACCGGGAGCGACAGGAACCAGCGACUUGACCCCGACGAUGAGCCGCUUGGACAUCACUUCCGUUCAACCUCUCCUCCAUCUCCCGUAAUCCAGCCGCCAGCCUUCACACACGCACCGGGAGAAAUGCCCGCAAUGCGACCUCAGCCUUCACCGGAUUUGAGAAAAGCAAAUAAUAGGAUGUCUGACGCUACCCUGACACAGCUUCUCGCUGCCUCUGGAAGCAUGAAUCUACUUGGCGCUUCUUUCCCUUCAGGCAGCCAUGAAACGAUCAGGGAAUCCAACCAGCCUAGUCCGCUAACACCUAACACUGGCUCUGAUCAACAGGGUGCGCCAUCGCUCUUAUCAGAUACAAGCGAGAAGAGAGUUACCCUUCAGGAACAAGGCCCACCAACCCCUGAGGAUCGUUCGAGUGACUUCGGCCCACCGCUCACUUUGCCGAAGAGAUCGAGUCUUCGUUUGGAUACAACCAAGGCCGUGAAACGGAAGCCUCUGCCUGCGCAACAGAUCCGAGAAUCCGAUGCCGCAAGUGUUGCAGGGGAGCCUAGCUACGAUGACCUACGUCAUACUGUUGAUGAAGAGGUCCUGAAUUGGGUCGGCUCUCGCCAAUUUUCGCUCACUUCGCCUGAUAUAGAGAGCCAUCAGGAUGAGGAAAGCAUCUAUGAUGACGCGUCUGCAAAUUCUCCAGAUUAUGCCAGUACUCGGGGGUCUGUCUACAGCAAGCGCUCGGUUAGGUCAGUCACUAGGCCCAGAAUGGGAGUCAUGAAAACCGUGGGAUCGGGUCCCCCGAGACAAGACUUGGUCAUCGGCGAUGCGCAUUACACCGUUGAUGAACCAAAACUGGAACUCAGUGCCGAAAUCCCCAGCAUCGACUUCGGGCCGACCUUAACUUAUCUACCUACAACUGGACGUCCCAAUACGGGCGAUACUUUGAAGAAAUCCAUGCACCAAAGGAGCGACUCAAAUGCAACAGAAAAGCAGUUCUCUUACCAGGCAGAGCGACAGCACUCAAGAUCUCCAAGUAGCAACGUGAUGUGGCAGCCGGGUAUGACUGCACCCCGUCCCACCACUCCAGGCAGGCUUACAGCGGAGCAAUUCGUGCAACAACGAUCAGCCCCAAGUCCCCCAAUCGCCACGCAUAACCGAACCCUUUCCUCUACACCGCCGCCCCCUCGGCCUGUUUCCGGGGACUGGACGAAUAACUCUCGGCCUCAGUCACACUUGUCUGGCAGCCGAGAUGCACCGCCUCGCCCACGUUCCCGCGGCGCCAACAGCAUCAUGAACUAUAAUGAACUGUCGUCACACCUCUCAGCUCGUGAACAGGAACAUGUGGCUCGUAUGACCGGUGCACCUCUACUCGACAUAUCCAACGUCAACAAAGCCCAGCCGACUCCGGUAAACCCUAUGGGUCUGGUGGGAGCGAUUGAUGCUCGUGAGCGCGAGAAAAAGACCAUCCGAGAAGGCCUGUCCAACCAAAUGGUACAGCAUGCAAUUGUGCAACGCCAGCAAAAUUGGCAACAACAGCAGAUGGCUUCCAAUGCUUCCGCAGCUGCCUACAAUCAGGGCAGCCAUUAUAGUCUCUACAAUAUGCCCACUGCGAACCGCACGUGGGAUGCCCUCAACCAGCCUUACCGGCCAGACGAGCCCCGACGCCAGUCUUGGUACGGACAGUUCGCAUCACAGCAGGCGCAGACUCCUCCAAUCUACCAGCAAAACCCGCCUUAUGGCCAACAUCCCGGCUACUCUGGCAAUGCCAGCACCCUGCAUUACUGA